AUGGACUCAUCGACAAUAUCAUCCGGCGGCGAGCGAGAACCGCUGCUGCCAGCCGUCGAAUCUCGCUCCAAAGCGCCGCGCAACGUCAAGUUUAGCGCCAACCCCGUCACACGCACCAUUGAGCCCGAGACGCGGGUCGCGCCCACGAAACCGAGCAGCAUCGCCAUUGGUGUGCCGAGCGGCGCAGCCAGCUCGGGGGCGGCAGGGGGGGUGCCUGGCACCGCGGGCGCUCCGCCGGUGCUCGCGGCCCUGAAUAACAAGCUUCGACGACGCAACAGUCACACGGCUGUGCCGAUGCUGAGCUCGGUGCCGCAGGGGGCCAAGCUCGGUCCCCAGCGGAGUACCAAGAAGACGGAGAAGUUGAAGCUGCUUCCGAACCCGGAGCUCGACGAGGACGGCGCCGACGAGGAGAGCGGCCGCGAGGUCUACUCGCAGUACACUCGAAUCAAGGACCCCACCGCGCGACGUGAUGCGGCCCGCCUCGGCAAGUCGGAUCGGAGCAAGCUGCCCCGCGUUACGGCCUACUGCACCGCCAACCGUUACGACAUGGACGGCCUCAUGCGCUUCCUCAAGGGUCGCGGCAAGUCCCGCGGCGCCCACCCCAAGCUCAUCGACGAGUGCAUAUACACACCCUACGCAUACGCCAAGGAGCAGACGCCGCCGAAGACCCGGCGCGACCCCGUCAUGUCAUAUCAGCGCCGACACUCGACCGGUGGCGCCGACGACGCCUUAGCCGCCCUGUCCUCGGAUCGCCACGACUCGGGCUACGCCGACGACGAUUUUGCGACAGUAGAGCACGAUAUCGCCACAGACCAUAUCGUAGAGGAGGACCUGCUCGGCGCCAACAUGAACAAUGUCAGCGAUAGAGACGUGGUGCCCGACUUUGAUACACAGAUCCACACGCCUGAAGUGUUUCUCUUUGAUUAUGGUGUCGUGGUAAUAUGGGGCAUGUCGGAGAGCGAAGAAGCGAGAUUUCUCAAGUACAUUUCAAAAUUCGAGCUCGAGAAGCUGGCGCCAGAUGAUGUCGAAACGGAGCAGUUCAACUUUUACUACACGAAAGAGUACCAAGCUCGCAUCUACAACGACUUCAUCACGUUACGUGACAAGAACAACUACAUGACCAAGCUAGCCAUUUCACAUGCCUUGGCUCAGAGUGUCAAAACAUCCUUGUUCGAAGAGCUCAUCUCAUCGACAGUCGAGACGUGCAAGGAUAUUCCCACCCAGAUUGCCCUCACCGGCAAGAUUGCGCUGAGCAGGUCGCAGAUCAAUAUGCAGAUUGGCGAGCUCUUCAUCCUGCGCAUCAACAUCCAUCUCAACGGCUCUGUACUCGACACACCCGAACUGUUCUGGGUCGAGCCCCAGCUCGAACCCGUCUACCAGGCUGUCCGCAGCUACCUCGAGAUGGACCAGCGCGUCGGCCUCUUGACGGAGCGCCUCGACGUCAUUGCCGAUCUCCUCGCGGUGCUCAAGGACCAGCUCAGUCAUGGCCACGGCGAAAAGCUGGAAUGGAUUGUUAUUGUCCUCAUCGCGAUGGAAAUCGUCGUUGCUGGUAUCAACAUUAUUGUCGACUUGUACGCUGGCGAGUAG